AUGCAAUCCGCCGCCGGACCGCCCGGCGGGUCCAACCCGAAGCGGGCGACCGGCCGUUCGCACCGCUCGGCCGGCGGGGCGAGCCCCGCGGCCCUCGAUCGCUCGCCCCGGGACGUGGCCCGACCGGCCCACGCGCACGUCCUGGCCUCUACCGCCGCUUUCGGCGGCGCAAUUUGCGCCUUCAUCGCUCUCUGGAUCCUCCUGGCACCCAUCGGACUCUUCCCGACGGUCGGAGGCACCCACUCCGUGCACUUUGAGUCAGACUCGCUCUUCGGCAGGCACGCUCUUCGGCAAAAAGCCAGGCUGCAGCGGGGCACUACCAUCGUGCUACGCUGUUGCAGCCUGACCUUUCCCACUGCUCUCGCGCUGGCACACUUCGGCCUUCCGCUGCUCGCGUUCGGCGAGCUCUUCUCCGCACUCCUGCCACGGCAGUUUGCCGGCACAGUCGAGCUGGAGUAUCCGCUUCUUGAUGCUUCUGCGGUCAAGCUCGACCUUAUAGCCGGAGCCAACCGCACCGACCACAGCCCGACCAGUAGCCAGGAAACUACCCCGCUGGGCGGGGGCCUGGUUGGGCUGUGCGAGGUGCGGCCCUCUCGGAGCCACGAGUUGUACAAGUUCAUUGACUCCGAGCGCAUCUUCUACCCGUCCGACGACUCGCUCCUGCCGGGACCCGGGCCGACCGGUACCGAAGGCAGUCGAGCACCAGGACGAGGAGGCGCCGUUCUGGCGUCGCCCGUCCCCAACAACUCCGACAUGGACAUCUUCGUUGGCGGCACGCCCGCAAACGAGACCAUCACCAGUCUCUUCUCGCGCGACGCCUCGUCGGCGGGCGGCCUCUGGGACCUCUCCGACCCGCUGGGACUGGUGAUGGCAAAGCUCCCGGGAGAUCUCUUACUCGCCGGCCUCAUGGCGGCUUACACCAAAAACGGCAUUUUCGCUUCCCUGUUCAUUUUACACAGCGUCUCCGCCGCGCCCAAGCCUUGGUACUACGCGCUCUACGUUCCAGGGUCUGGUUGGGGCGUCUUUUCCACGUGGGACCUCUGCGCAGCGCACGGCGCCGUCGGGGGCUCGAGGGCGCGCCACAAGAAGUACCGCGACAUCCAAGAGGCGCUCGCCCACAUCAACGUGCACUACCCAAUCCCGACCUCGACCCAGAUCCUACUCGACUUCUGGUACCCGUUUGAAGGGGAGGCAACGCCAGCCCAUCCCGGCGUCCUUCUCCAACCCGUCGUCCUGAGCCCCGGCACGGUCACCACCUACGCCCAGCCAGGCAACGGCAACGGCGCCGCUGCGUCGUCAUCUGCUGCGUCGUCCUCGACGGCAACCGGCAACGGCGCCACUGCGUCAUCGUCGGCUGCAUCGCCCUCGACCUCGCCCGGCGACGGCGCCAGCAUCGAAGAGCUCGAUCCAUCGACAUCCUCCCCCAUCGACCGGCCGCCGAGGCGCAAGCGCCGCGGCAAAGCGCGGACGACCUUCGGAGGUGCGGGCGAUCCCAAGGGCUCGUCCAAGGUGCUGAAGACACACCACGACGACACGUCGGACCCUUUGUCCUACGCCGACGCCACCGCUGGCAAGAAGCGUGACAAGAAGCGCGCCGCAUCGACUGCCCUCGACAAGGCGGCGGAGGAGGAAGCCCUUGCUAAGAAGCACAACGCAUCGUCUGCCCUCGACGAGGCGACGACCGACGACGAAGCCCUCGCCGCCGGACAACGCCUCGCCGACGCCGAGCGCGAAGGCACGGGCGACGACCACGAACCCGCCAUCGCCCCGGCGGACGACGGCGCCGACGCCGAUCCGGCAGACGCCGAGCAUGUCGACACCACGACGGAUGAGUCCACCUCGGAGGGCGACGUCGACAUCGACGAGGGGCCCAUCUCCCAGCGCCUCAAGCGCCGCGAUGGAAGCAAGCCCCCGCCGCCUUACAGUGGCCACGACGACGACGAAGAACCGUCCGACGAGGACGUCGGAGGAGAGAGCGAGGAGGGGAACGUGGCGGAGCAGGCGGGGGGAUCGCAAGCCGCCAGCAGCUCCAACACCAACCCACCUCGCCAAACCUUCUCUUGCUCCAUCUGCGCCCGAGACUUCAAGACAGCCAAGUCGCUCUGCACGCACUUCAAGACGCACAACUACACGCCCGUGGACCUCGCCUCCAGUGGGCUCACCAAGUGCGAGUGCUGCGCCCAGAUUUGCUGCCUCAUCCCCAACAAACUUCCGGAUGGCUCGGGUGGCAACGGGACGAGCAUGUUCUUCAACCACCUCUUGCUGCGGACGGGUUGCAGCGAGCUGCAGUCUCUGCGCUCAAAGGCGGAGGCCAGACCGUCGCUCGCGAUGGAGGUCAAAAUCUGGCCACGCGCGCCAGGCAAUCGCCUCUUGCUGUCCGGCAAGCUACAGGUUGCGGCGAGGCUACUCGAGGGUAUCCUAGAGAUGAACGAGCGAGCUGUCGUCGCGUCGUUCGAGCAGGCCCCUCUUGAGCUGCUCCGCGCGUGGCUGCGGCAUAAGUAUGGGACACAUGCCGUUGUCGUCAUCAACGGCAGCAUUAAGGCAGCGCGGCGUGAUCGGCUGUGCAGCUUGCUCAACGACCUCUCCUCGUCGUGCCGUGUCGCACUCCUAAGCACGUCACUCGCGGCUGGCCUCACUCUCGUCGGCGCCAACCACCUGCUACUUCUCUCGCCGCAGUGGAACCCAAUGGAGGACAAGCAGGUCCUUGGGCGAAUUCAUCGCCCGGGGCAGACACGUCCCUGCUUUCAUUAUCGAUUGGCGGCGUCGGGGACGGUGGAGGAGUCUGUUCUCUUGCGGCAGUUUGGAAAGCUCGAUGUCCUCCGCAUGCUGCAGGAGGGCAGGGCGCCAGCGCGCCUCCCGGCGGAUCUGAGCUGGGCUCGCGGCCGGCGGGCUCGCGCCGAGGCGACGAGGUGUCCAUAG